CUGCGUGAUGUUGCUUGGGUAAAUUUUUUUUUUACUUUUUUUUUUAAGUUGAUAAUAUUGAAGUGAUUAUUUUAACCAUGAGUUGAAACCUAAACAUAAACCCCUAUUUUUUUUUUUUUUUUGCACGUGAAACAUAGUUAUAAUCCAGCAAUCCUGUGAAGCUGCAGAAUACCAGCUUUUGUGAGAAAAUUCGAUUUUGGUGCGAAACGAGAAAUAAAGUGAAAAUAUGCAAGUGUAGCUAAAGUCCGAAAGAAAGGAAUUGCUGGUCAAUUGUGGCAGUAGCCAGGUCGCCAGGAGCAGGCAUUGGCGUUGCUGCGGAGCAGCCCCUACUGCUGGAAAUCCAGUCUGGCCCGAGGAGUCUCACGUAAACAAACACCGGCGUGUGUACAGUACCACUCAUCAGUGUAUAGCCACGAUGUCGGCCAUGUCGGUCUACCUGAAGGUGACUCGUUUGUCCCUUCGGUCUGCUUCGAAUCUCUCAAAGCGGCGGGUCGACGAGCUCAACUCUGGGAUUGGCGAAUUGCGUCGCCUGUUGUCCUGCGUGGUAUGCUGCCAGUUGCUCAUGGAUCCGUACGCCCCCAAGGGGAAGCGAUGUCAGCACAAUGUCUGUCGGCUGUGCCUGCGCGGCCGAAAGAGACUGUUUCCCACGUGUCCUCAGUGCGAAGAUUGCUCGGACUUCAAGACCUACGAGGAGAACAGGGCGAUGGGCAUUCAACUUCUUUGUUACAAGACUCUUUGCGUCCACCUGCUGCAGUCAUCGUUGUUUGCUCAACUAGCCGGCUUGCGACCGGAGGCUCGGCAGGGAGAUCCGUUCCUGCAGCAUACACCGCGCCUCAAACUGCCUCCCAGCAGCACCCAGGACUUCAUUCGCGAGGGUGCCAACUACGACGACAUGAGGGACACUUUCCUCCCACAGCCAGAUCUUCCGUUCCUCAAGGGCAUCCCCACGUCCCUACCGGCAGAAACACCACCGACCACGGCGGCCACCACUCCGGAACUGCCUUUCGAACAGCAUCUGCCGGAGGAGCACCAGCUCUCCCUCAGCGACAUCGAGUUGGAGGCGGCAGCCACUGGCGAACAGUUCUCCCCGAUCCAGCUUAUGCCCACGGCUCAGAUCAUACUAACCAGUGCUGCCGAGCAUGUCUGGACAGAACAAGUGGAUCUCUCGCAAGCUGUUUCGAUGGGCAGUUUUCCCAGCAGCACCAGCAGCAACUUCGCCGUGUCCUAUGUGAUGCCCACGGGGGCAUCCACUCCUUUUGAGGCCCAGGACCUGCACAUUGGUCAGGUGGUUCAAAUACCGCAGAUGCAGACGGAGGAUGUGCAGGACUUGGAGCCGGAGGCGGUGGAGUUUUCAGAGUCGGUGGAGGUGACUAGCUACAAAAGGACGUUUUCCCAGAUGGAGGAGGAUGAUAGAUCGCAGCCAGAAUUGGAGGAUAAGAGCCAGGAGGACGUACAAACUGACCCAAUUGUGGAAACUACAGAAAACCUCAUAAUGCCCAGUGUCCAGGAGGAGGUUCAGAAAGACCAGGAAACGGUUCGGGAGUCAAAGCAAGUCAGGGAUGAAGUCAAGUCAGAAAUUAAGGAUAAACACAAGGAAGAUGCCAAUGUCGAAGUGCCCGUCACAAGGAAGAGAGCCCGCAGCCCAGCUCCGCCGCCACCGGUCCAAGUUGCCAAGCCUGUGGAGGAGCCAGCCCCUGUUCCGCCGGUCACCCUUCCUGAAGCGAAAACUGAACGUCGCAAGGGUCGCGGAGACGGUCGCAAAGAAGAGAAGAGUGUGUGCCGCUGCGGCAUAUCCAAGUCGAAGAACCCUCUGAUGACGUGUCGCAACAACCGCUGCCCGUGCUACAAGGCAGGGAACUCCUGCUCCAACUGCAACUGCGUGGCCUGCAAGAAUCCGCACAAGGUCGACUUCAUUGACAGCGACGAUGGGGAGGACGAGGUGCUUGUAGCUGAACAGGAGACGAAGCAGAAGCCAGGGGAAGAUCUUCGAAAGGCAGAGUCCGAGCCAGAAGCACUGGCGAAGUCCAAGGAAGAAGGUGGAGGAGCAGCGUCGGGUGGGUCUAAUGAAAGCUUAACCUUUGUGCCUCUCAGCAAUCUCCAGCAGUCGCAGCAUCCUUUGGUGCUGGUCCAAAACAAAACGGGUGAAUUUCAGGGAUUCAACAUUCUCAGAGACAACGUUCCUGUGCAUCCCGCCACCCUGGGCUGGCCGUGUAUUCAGCUGCAAAACAACGACGGCAACAGUUCUAUUCCUCAAUUCGCGUACUUGUACCCAGCUCCCCCCGAACCAGAACCGGAACCAUCCCAACCCUCGCCACCACCUCCACCAGCUCCUGCUCCUGCUCCACCAGUGGCACCUGCCCCCGAGGCCAAGAGAGAGGUCGCGGAGCCGCCGGCCAAGAAAUUCCGGACCACCGCCAGAACGAGACGGGGCAGAGCCAACUUUGGAGCCCUCGAAACAGUCGACGAGCUUGUCAGUGGCGGAUCGAUAAAGAACCCUGCCGCCGGCGACAGGCUCCUCUCGGUCACUGACAACGCCCACUCGCUGUUCGAGGAAAUCAUGUCUGGCUCGGACGACUUGUAAGCAAGGCGACUCCUCCAUUCAAGUCCUUUCUCAUCUUUAUUUCUUCCAGUUUUUUUUUUUAGCGUGUGUGUUUUUUUUUUUAACAAAAUUUUAAUUUGUGAUUUGUGGGGUACCCCUUUAGGGGUAUCCUUGGCGUUUUG